AAAAGUCAAAAAUCCCUUCAAGUACAACAAAUGAUGUCACAAUGUUUCAUAACGAUGAAGCCUGUGGAACUCUAUUAGAGAUAAGGCAAAUUCAAGCCACAUACAGUCCAAAAAGAAGUACCAAACCAAAGACAUUUCUAUUACUUCCAAAGGUACCCAGAUUUACUAAAUUUGGAAAUAAUUUGACAAGGACUACAUUUAAAAAAGAAGCGGUAAAUACAAAAUCACACAGCUACAACAGCCAAGCUUCACCAAGAGGACAGAAACCAUUAAAAAUGAAUCCUAGAAGGGAAGAAAAUAUUGUAAGCUAUAAGAAGAUAUAUUUAUCAGAAAUGCAGUCCAAGGCAAUAGGUGGUGUACCAAGUGCACCCCCAGGGACUCCAUCAUCAGAUCAACUGAAGAAAAUAGAAUAUGUCCCAUCUCUAAUGGACAUUAAGAGUCAAAGAGCUAUCAAAUUAAAACUUGAAAAAAUAGUACAUAAAUUAAGGAAAGAAGAGCAACAUACUAAGGAAAAUUCAAUUAAACAAGACCAGAAAAAGCUCAAGGAAUCGUUAAUAGAAUUGAAGCAAAGGCAAAGAUUAGAGAUCUAUGCCUUGAAUAGAGUCAUGACAGAGCUAGAAAAUGAAAAUUUCAAGAAAUUCAUGGAUAAGAAGGAAGCAGUUUCUUUAGGAGUCUGAAAAAGAAAAUUAAAUAAAUUACAUAUAAAGAUAUUAUAAUAAAUUGCUAUUUUUACGAAUUUAAUUCAGUAACAUAAGUUUAACCUUUUCCAAUUAGGGCAUAAUAUAUGUGUAUGUUUCAGUUCAAUUUAGUGACUUUAACUCCCCUACUAGUUUGAGGGAGCUGGUAAGGUAAUCCUAGUAGAACAAGCUAGAGGGAGGGAAGAAUUGCAUUUUGCAGAGACUACUUUACCUUACUUCUACUUAAGAUCAGUCAGACACUCAAACUGCCGCAUGGCAAACUCGUGGAUCC